AUGGCCGAAAAAAAGGACAAGAAGCCGCGGCGCAAGGUCGUGCUCUCCUACGUCGAGGACCGGUCGAAGGGCGCCUUCUCCAUCACCGUGCCGACGAAGUGGGAGGCGCAGCCGGUCGCGAAGCUCGUCGAGUACUGGGCCAAGCUCUGGAACGACAAGAACGGCGCGACGCCCCUCGACGCGGCGGCGCUCGAGCUCGUCGUCGAGGGCAAGAAGGUGGGCGGCGACGAGAUCCUGCGCGAGGCCGUGCCGCACUUCGUCGAGGCCGUCGCCGUGCGGCGCCGGGCCGCGCCGAACGCGGCGAAGCCCGCGGCGACGCUCGCGCCGACGCCGCCGGCCGCGGCGCCGCCGCCCGACGACGCGCGGGCCCAGUUCCGGGCGCGCGCCGAGGCGCGGAAGAAGGCGGGCGACGACAGGUUCCGCAAGCGGGACUGGGCCGGCGCGAUCGAGGCGUUGACGGACGCGCGCAAGGCCGCGGUGCUCGCGGAGGAGACGUCCAUGCUCGAGUCCGUCGCGCUCAACCUGUCCCUCGCCCACCUCCAGAGCGGCGACGCGAAGAAGGCCGAGGCCGAGGCGACGGGGCUGCUCUACCGCGCGCCCGGCCACGGCAAGGCGCUCUUCCGGCGGGGCGUCGCGCGCAUGAAGCGCGGCGACCGGCCCGCCGCCGCCGCGGACCUCGAGGGCGCCCUGAAGGCCGUCGCGUCCGGCCCGGGCGCGCCGAGCCCCGCGGAGGUGGCGCAGAUCGAGCGCGCGCUCGCGCAGUGCCGGCGGCGGCCCGCGGCGGCGGCCGCGCCGCCCGUGAAGAAGGGCUUCCUCGCCGCGCCGGCCAAGGCCGCGCCCCCCGCGCGGCCGCCGCGCGUCCGCGCCGUCGCGCGGGGCCUCAUCCCCCUCGACGUCCGCGACGUCGAGGACCUGCUCGCGCCGCUGUCCGACGGCUACGUCGCGCCCGCGGCGCCGCCGAAGCCCAAGCCGGCCGACGAGGGCACGGCGCGCUACGUCAUCGUCGACGGCAAGAUCGUCGACGCGUCGCAGGCCGCGGCGCUCCGGGCCGCCGCGGACGCGGGCGGCGGCGGCUUCGGCGACUCCCGCGCGGGCGCCGUGCUCCGCGAGGACGCGGAGCUCAAGCUGCGGGAGCUCCACGGGGGCAUGGCCGUCUUCGGCGUCCAGGGCGCGCACAACACGGCGGCGAAGCGGGACGCGCACGUGCGCAGGGCGCGCGAGGACGCUAGGAAGCUCGCGCCCGCGCUCGGCGCCGGCCACGCGCACGCGCGCUUCUUCGAGGCCUUCUGCGCCAUGACGUUGGACGACGGCGAGCGGCAGCGGGCCCACGACGACGCCUUCGCGCGGGGCGAGCGGCCCGCGGGCCUGGGCCCGCGGAGCGAGGCGGUCUUCGACGCGUGGCGCGCGGCCUGGGCCGUCUACGCGGCGCCCGAGACGCCCGAGUCCGGGUCGUUGCACCUCAAGACGCAGUGCAUGGACUUCAUGACCAAGUGCUACCUCGAGGCGGCGCCGCCGCGGCACCUCGAGGCCUACGACCUCGCGCGCGACGCGGCCGAGCGCGCGGCCGCGGGCGACGCGGCGCCCCACGUGCGCGCGGGCGUGCUCGCCCAGGCGCUCCGCGAGGCGACGGGCGACGGCCGCCACGCGCGCGUCGCCGUGGGCCACUUCUCCGCGGGCCUCGACGCGGACGCCGCGUCCGACGACGCGGCGCUCGAGCUCAUGAUCGCGCUCCAGAACGACUUCUCCGACAUGGACGCGGCGCGGCUCUGCGCCGAGCGGCACAUCGACGGCUGCGCCGCGGCGCGGCGCGCCUGCCGCUGGGCCGACGCGUGGCAGCGGCCCGGCGUCUACAGCGCGCCGUCGCUGCUCCGGGCCGCGGCCGCGUGGCCGGACCCGAAGCUCGCCGACGCCGUCGUCGGCGCGGUCGCGGGCGCCUUCCCCAUGAUCAUGGAGGAGGUGCUCGAGCUCUACGGCGGCCGGAGCGGCGCGCGGAAGCGGGACUGGCCGCGCGCGGGCGCGUCCGGGUCGUCGAGCGACGGAUUGCGCGCGCGCGCGGCCGCGGGCCGCGCCGACGUCGACCCGUCCUGGCGCGAGGUCGUCCUCGUCGCCCGCGCCGGCGGCGACGGCGUCACGGAGGCCGCCGCGGCCGCGUGCCCGCGGACGAUCGGCCUGCUCACCUCGCUCGACGCCGUCCGCGAGGCCGCGGAGCUCGGCGUCGCCGAGGUCGUGCUCUCGGCGCUGGGGCCGGGCACGGAGCUCGCGCCGGACACGGGCGCCACGAACCUGCGGCUCACGGCCCACCUCUGCCUCCUCGCGCCGAAGACGGACCGGCCCUGCGACCUCCGCUGCGGCGACCCGGGCCUCUCGGGCUCGUCGCGGCGCUACGCGGAGGGCGCCGUGCUGCUCUACGACGACUCCUUCGAGCACGCGGCCGUGCACGACGGCGAAACGGACUCCGGCGACCGCGUCGUGCUGAGCGUCCAGUUCUUCCACCCGCGGCUCUCGCGGAGCCAGCGCCAGGCCGAGGUCCGCUCCGCGCUCGAGGCCGCCCAGCGCCGCAAGAUCAAGACCCAGUUCGGCUCCCUCGCCACGGAGGCCGCCAUCCGCAACGCGACCCACGAGGCCCUCGGCAACGCGCUCAUGUAA